CACAGGGGUAAGAGCUUCUCCAGCCAGCCUCAGAGAGAGAGCAGGAUCCUGGCAUCGCUGAGCCUGAUCUGAGAGGAGAGGGAAAGAGCUCAGUUCGAGACUGAAUGGAGUUGUAAUAUUUCAUCCAAAUUAGAGCCGGGGAGGGAGAGAGAUAUUGAGAGAAAGAGAGCGAGAGAUAGAGAGAGUGAGCUGCAAAGGAGAAGAUCUGUCACUACACAGAGGAGAGAAAACAGGAAAAAGUCUUCAGAAACAACUGAUUGGUACAGGCGAGAACUGAGAUUGUUGAAUCCUGCUCUCAGGUCGGGGAAAAAGCAAAGGUGACCAGAAAAUAUUAAGUCCCAGCUGUCGCAAAGCAAACAGAAAUUGAAAUAUUAAGACUGGUCAGUCCUAAGUAUUUAAUAAGCCUGUGGCAACUGCUCACAAGGACAGGUGGGUGACUGCGGUCAUGUUGUCCAUAUCGACAGAGAGCUGGAGCUUGUACCCUGCAAACACCACCAGUUAUCAGAUUGCAUUGGCGGACGGUGCUAACAGUUCCUCACAGUUCACUGGCGUCGAACUGCUGCAGUCGUUCAAGCCCCUCAUCAUCCCCUGCUACGUGCUGGUGGUGUUUGUCGGUAUCGUCGGAAACUACCUGCUUCUCUAUGUCAUCUGCAAGACCAAGAAGAUGCACAACGUCACCAACUUCUUCAUCGGCAACCUGGCCUUCUCCGACAUGCUGAUGUGUGCCACCUGCGUGCCCUUCACCCUGGCGUAUGCCUUCCACCCACGCGGCUGGAUCUUCGGCAAGUUCAUGUGCUACUUUGUCUUCCUGAUGCAGCCGGUGACCGUCUACGUGUCCGUGUUCACGCUCACCGCCAUCGCCGUGGACAGGUAUUACGCCACGGUGCACCCGCUGAGGAAGCGCAUCUCCAUCGGCACCUGCACCUACAUCCUGGCCGGGGUCUGGCUCGUGUCGUGCGCACUGGCAGCUCCAGCUCUCGCCCACACCUUCCACAUUCGGUUCCGAGACCAGGACCUGACCAUCUGUGAGGAGUUCUGGAUGGGGCUGGAGAGGCAGCACCUGGCGUACGCCUACAGCACCCUGAUUAUCACCUACAUCCUGCCGCUGUCCGCCGUCUCCCUGUCCUACCUGCGCAUCACCCUCAAGCUGAGGAAGAGGGUGGUGCCCGGCAACGCCACACACGGCCAGGAACGGUGGGAGAAGGUGCGGCGCAAGAAGAUCUUCCGGCUCCUGGUGCUGGUGGUGGCGGCGUUUGGGGCCUGCUGGCUGCCGCUGCACGUCUUUAACAUCAUCCGUGACAUCGACAUCAGCCUGAUCGACAAGGACUACUUCAACCUGAUCCAGCUGCUGUGCCACUGUGUCGCCAUGACGUCGGCCUGCUGCAACCCUUUCCUCUACGCCUGGCUUCACGACCGCUUCCGGGCCGAGCUGAAGAGGAUGUUCGCCUGCAGGAGGAAGAUCGCACCCGCCAACAACUGUAUUGCCGUCAGUGUCGUGCUGUAGGCCCGUCAG